AAACUGAUGAGUAUUAAAUUCAUAUUUGCGCCAGCUCUUUAAGCUACGUUUAAAAUUCGCCAACUUAUAUGUACAUUCAUCCUGUAUUUGUGGACUAUAUGUAUCAUCAAAUGCUGCACAUAAAAAUCGCACACGACGUUGCACCGUGUUUAGAAUCAUAUGAGUACGCUUUUGGCGCUAAUUGCGGAAUAUGAAUACGGACAUCGGCUAAUUCCUCUUUAAACUACAUUAUACAGUCUUUAUUAUACAGACAGAAAACCUAAAGUUGAUCAGGGUCAACGGUGAUUUCAAUGGUGAUUCCAAUCGAAUUCCAUCGAUCAUAAAACUAUCUGCGACGAAGAGCGCGAAUUUAUUACUCGUCCAAGGACGAUCGAGGUUAGACAUUUCCUGGUGAGACAUUCCUCGUUGGAUUCCUCCCUCGGAUGGAUAUGCGGUAUAUAUCAAGGAACGUUCGUAAUAACUACGUUUUAGAUCCUUGGGGUAAAAACGCAUAGAUUAUGACAAAAUUGUGAAAACGUGUAUCGAUUGCGUGAAAUUGACGCAUGAUAAAUGAACGCAUCUUCGAAGUUGCUGCUGACAACCACCGCCCCUCUACUGAAUGUAGCAUGUAACACGCGGGCGGCUAUAUUUCUUCAAUCGCGGAAGAUAUUUUAUACGCUGGAGCUGACUUGGCAGCAGUUGCUCUUGGAAAAUCUACGUGGCAGUUCUCUUCUGAAAGUUUUAAAUUCCAACUAUCUUGAACCAGCUACCUCUAUGGACAAUUCUUCCUCUCAUCAAAAGUGUACAAAACCCAAGAUGGAUCCUUAUCAUGAUACAUGUUACAACCAAAAUAAUGCUACUGCAAUAUGUGAUAUAUCGUUCAAUAGUGCAAGUAAUUAUAAUAUGCUGUAUCAUCAGUCUGGAACGUUCACAGAUAAAAGUGUUAAAACUAAUGUAGCAGAUCCAAAACCAAUUGGAAAUUACAUUGAUAAACCAAGAUACAAGGCUAUAAGAAAGUGGAAACGACUCGGGAAAGAAAGAUCAAUCAGUAAUGCAGAAGAUUUAUUUUUAAUGAGAGUUUUAUCUUUUAAUAUCCUGGCACAAAAUCUAUUGGAGGAUCACUCAUAUCUAUACAUGAAUCACAACAAGAAAACUUUAAUGUGGAAAAUUCGGAAACCUCUUGUGAUACAGGAGAUAAUUGAGGCAGAAGCAAACGUAAUAUGCCUUCAGGAAAUGCAGGAGGAUCAUUUGCUAGACUUUAUAAUUCCAUUUAAGCAACUUGGAUACGAUUAUCUGUACAAAAAGAGAACCAAUGAUAAGAAAGAUGGUUUGCUCUUGCUAUACCGUUCUGAUCAGUUCACUUUGGUGGAUUACGCGAAAGUGGAGUUAUAUCAAUCUGGUAUUGAGUUAUUAAGCAGAGACAAUGUUGGAAUAAUCGCGAAAUUUUCUCUUAAAGAUAGUCCGGAAACGCAAUUUGUAGUCGCUACUACUCACUUGUUGUAUAAUCCAAAACGUAACGAUGUGCGAUUAGCGCAGAUACAGCUUUUACUAGCGGAAAUAGAGCGGAUUGCAUUUGUCGAAAACUUGACAAUGGACAAAGCAAAGUACUUACCAAUUAUACUGACAGGCGACUUCAACUUGAAGCCAUUUUCAGGUGUUUAUAAGUUCCUAACGGAGGGUUCCUUCGAAUAUCAUGGCAAAGGACGAAAUUUAGAGCCGUCCUCAUAUCGUUCACUAUCCAACUCUCUAAUACCAUCGAGAUUAUGCGUCACCGAUAAUUGUCAGCACUUUAAUAUUUUAACUCAGAGGCUGCAAAGAGAAGGCACUGGCAAAGUCAUGUUGGAAAACAGUGAAUUCCCCCCUCAGAAAGACGAAAAGAUGUCCACAUCUUGUAAUACAAAAGUGUUGCAACAGAACAACGUCAAUGCUGACACUGAUCGUGCGCAGACCAUCGAGAUUAUACAAGGUCAUUCUGCGAAAUUUGCAUCCGGCACUCUAACGCAUCCUUUUAACAUGCGUAGCGUUUAUACUCAUACGAGUGCUCACGGUGAGGAAGCGACGACACACCAAGAAGAAUGGGUUACGGUGGAUUAUAUAUUCUAUAGCAAUAUCCAACCUAUAGAAAAAUACACUUUGCUUACAGUAAGCCAAUGCAAAACGUUACGAAGAUUACCAAAUUUUGUAGUAGGAAGUGAUCAUUUGAGCAUAGGUGCCACCUUCCAGUUACCGAAAAAAAAAUCUCUACUUUAAUAAUUUCUUAUGUACCAUUUUUCUGAGAUGGUCAUAAUAAAAUUAAAUCUUUUAUAGUUGAGUUAUUGAAUAGUUUAUCAGUUAUUUAGGUUUGUAUUUCUAAUUCAAAAACGUUUUAAAAGAUAUUUUUUUAAAUAGAAAAAAAUAUCAUAUAUUCACGUUUUAUUGACAAUAUGAUAUCUUGAUGCUUGAAAAGAGAAAUCAAAUUCAUUGAAUGUACUUUAUUUUUAAUUUUUAAAGUGUUUAAAAAACAAAAAUGUAAAAAAAAGAAAUAAAAUUUUUUAUUUUUUUCUGCCUUGAAUUCUUUUGGUCACGAAUAAUUGGUAAAGUGACAAAUAAAUAUCUUUAAUUUUUUGAUAACUAAAGGACAAUUAUUUUAUUACCCGACCAGGAGCUGUGUGCCAGCUGUAUAUGAUUAAUAUUGCGGGCUGUAGAAACUUUCAUAUAAAUGUUCAAUAUAUCACAAAUAAAUCUGUGAUAUGGCAAGUAUCAAAGUAAGAAUUAUUGAUAUAUGAAGGUAUAGGAUAAAUGGACAAUCGUGAUUCUUUAUAAAAUAAGUAUAAUUUUAUAUAGUAAGAUAUUGUAAAAUAUUGUACAAAUU